AUGCCUUUCGUGGAGGAGAUCAACGUCAAGAACCAUCGGCCAGAUGUGUAUUUUACCAGUGUGAACGCCACAGGGCCUUCUGGUAGAAAUCGGAUAACCAAAACUACAACCGCAUCUGGUGUCAGAAAUAACAAACGGGUGAACUACUCGCUCUCAGAUCUCGAGGCUAAGAUAUACGCUCAAAAAAAUGGUAAAGAGAGUGACUCUCAUACCUCUAAUUUCAUCACGACGACCAAUAGUGCUUUGGAAAGGUAUACCCCGCAGGAACUACUGAAAUCGCGACGGAGACUCAUGGAACUCGACACAGAAAACGUUCAAGACAUCCGAGACGUGCCAUUUCUGAUGAGCAGCAUAACUGGCAUCAGUAAGGACCGGAUCGAUUCCAGUGGAGGUGCCGAUUCUGGUGGUGAUUCCAUCUCGAACGUCAACCGGUCUAGCAGGAACAAAUUCGAACUUCCAAAAAACAUCGAACUUCUAUACAGAUCGACCAAGCCUCCUGCUGUGAAAAAGAAGAACACUAACCGGAUUGUGGCGCUCAAGAAGACUCUGGCGUCGCGGAGACCGUUGUCGAGUCAUGUUGAUGCCCUCGACCAAGUAAAUCGCAGCAUUGUCUUCCACAACGUCUACAACAAAAAGUUUUUCAAAGUGCUUCCGGUGAUCACAACCUGCUCCAUAUGUGGUGGUUACAAUAGCAUUUCUGGAUGUGUGAAUUGUGGAAAUAAAAUCUGCAGUUUACGGUGUUUUAAUCUUCACAACGAAACCCGUUGUACAAGCUAA